AUGGCCGAGAUCUGCUCCAACCCCUCCUGUUCGGAACCAGGCUCUCGCAAAUGUGGCCGAUGCAAGAGCGCCAACUAUUGCAGCCAGGACUGUCAAAAGAUCCACUGGGGCGCCCACAAAGGGGCCUGUAAAGCAAACAGCCAAUCCAGCGCCCCAAAAGCCAAUUGCUAUAUCCUCCGCGCCACGCCUCAAAACCCAGACGCGCCCGUCCUCGACAACAUCGCCAACCAGAUCGAGCCCUUCAAUCUUUCUAAUCUUGGCAACGAGGUCGCAGAAAAGCGACAGCUCGAACGACAUCUCGGCUGGAAACACUCUAUCGAAGCUGGCAAGUUCUAUGACCAUACUGGCUCCGAUAAGUGGUAUUAUUACGUCUACGGCGAUGCACGCGCUUUCAACACUAAGUCGGGCUUGCCGGCCAACGAAGCCGCCGGACUGAUAUGCCACCAGAAAAAAGUCUACGGGGACAUUGGCAUAGUUAGGUCGGGUCCUGUGGGUUCCGAGUACGCGGAGGAGUUCGAAAAGAUGGAGUUGGUCAAGGCGGUGCAGUUCUAUAAGACGAAUGAUAAGGACAAGGUCUUUUCCCAGCGAGAGAUGAGUCGGGCUAUGCGAGGGUUUGGCAUGCCGGGCGCUGGGUUUGGGUCCUCGCAUGUCCAUGUCUGA